ACGAUCUGGCCCCUUGUCGUUGCCAGCCGGUUUUACCAAGGUGUCCCGUUUACCGUUGUCACCGGACAAUCAAGGCAAGGCAAGGCAGUGAGAACUUCGACGCUCGACUUCUCGCAUCCAGUGUGGACCUCGCAUCCCCGAAAAAUGCAUUCAAAGGGUUCAUCGGAUUCCAACCCAUGAAUACAUGGGGUUGUGCAUGGAAGCGAGAUGGGGCAAAACAAGCAAGGUCUGGACAAUAUUAACCACUGCCUUGUGGCCGAUCAGUCAAGCAAAGAUCAUCGGCGAUCUCCGCUCCGAACUUCCUUGCAAACCGCCAUGUCGCAUUUCAUUCCUUCCGACGAAGACAAGGACGACCUGUUACUUUCCUGCCGUUACGGAGACACUGAAGACAUCCAAUCGUUUGUACAGAAAUACGGCGCAAGUUCGCUCAAUGACUUCCGAGACGAUAAUGGAAACACCGUGCUCCAUAUGGUAUGCGCAAAUGGACAUACAGAUGCCUUAGACUAUCUUCUAUCAGUUGUCUCUUCAUCGCUUUUGUCGGUCCAAAAUGAUGCAGGGUCUACGGCGCUCCAUUGGGCCGCACUCAACUCGCAUCUUACCAUCGUGCAACGCCUUGUACAGCACCCUGGAGGACCAGGCAAGGACCUGAUAGACAUCAAGAACGCUGCCGGGCGAACACCGCUGGGCGAAGCGGAGAUCAUCGGAUGGGAGGAAGGCGCGAAGUGGUUAGUCGAGGUCAUGAACUUGGACUCGGAAGGUUCGAAAGGGGAGGAAGACCAAGUCGUGGGUCCAAGUCAGGACAUCGAAGUUGAAAUUCAGGAUGCCGAGGGUCAGGUGGCCAAGAUGACGAUAGGGCCUCAGGCUGUUUCGGAACCUGUGGGGAAGUCAUAGCCUCAAUUCGUCUAGCAGGGUGGGCAAGCUUGCUUCAUAUCUGCUUCCCUGCAUUCUUUGAACCUUGUCCGCAGAUGAAUAUUUACUUCGCCGGCUGAAGCGCUGACGCGGUGUACUCUAUCGAGUCAGAAUUAUUACAGCAGAUCUACAUUGCAUGAUAUCAUGGUAUCUGCCAUGCCUAUCUGUGUUAGGUGUAUUUUAAUAAUGUAUCAGAAGCUUCUAUUGGGCUCAACUAACUGUUGGAACUGGUUAUUGCGUUCCAUCUUCUUCUUUUCUCGUGUUUUACGCUGUGAUAGAUGUGUUGUAGCGAGCGAUAAUGUACUAUAUAUUGGAAAAGAAGACGAAAGAUCG